GUCAACUCCGUGUUUAUCGUCAUCAUCGUCGUCAUCGUUGUCAUCGGUGGUAGUGCGUCAUCUUCUAGAGGCGGUGAUCGUCCGCAUGAUUUAAUCAUUAUUCAGGAGCUGGAACUAUUGAUCAGAAGCAAAGUGAAUAAUAUGAGAUAAAAUGAGUCACUUCAAAAGAAAACAGAGCCAGGUAUUCUGGAAAUAUAUGGAGUCCCAGGACCUUGGGCUUCCCGCAACCGACACGGUCGUUGAUGUUGACGAAGUAGAUUUAAUGAGAAAAAGUGAACAUUGGGAAUCCGUGGUGGACCACUGCGACGGACCGACUUCUAGGCCGUUACAGUUGCCGUCUGAAGAAGAGGAGGAAGAAAAUGAAGGAAAACAGAACGAACGAAAAGAUCGGCGUUCGAUGAGCUUUGAAAAACUCGGUACGAUCGAAGCCAAUUCCGGAGAAUCGGAGGAUUUGAUGGAAUGGCCUGAUCAAGCUCGGGAGAGAUCGUCGAGUCCAAGAAGCUUCGUUGGUCACCGCAGUCAGGACUCAGGUUUUUCAGAUUCCGAACGAUCGGAAGAAUCAGCGGUCGACGCGUACGCCUCAAGAGUUGAAAGACUGCGCCUCGCAAGGACCAGGAAGUCACGUCGGAGGAGACAAACCGAAAUCCCGCAGUCAGAUAGUAAUGAGCAGUCACUCCCCGUUGAAAUAAAUCACGACCGGUAUUCCCUUGCCAGAAGACUGGACUCACCCUGGGCCCAAAGCGAUUGUCUUUCUCAUCCCAGACACUCUUCGACGCCGAAGGCAACCGAAACACGGGGUCGCAAACUGUCGGCGUCGCUACCCCGCCGAGGAUCCAAGCGACGUGGUAGAAAUUCACCUUUGGAGAACCGGGAGGCUGCAGCUGCGGAGGUCAAUAGGAGAGACGCUGACGACGAUGGCGAAGCUCGUCAAAUCGAGGACUGUCGAGUGCCUCGAAUGAUCGAGGUUUCGAUGGAAGACGGAGAAUGUCUUGGAGAUUUUUUAUACGCUAGCGAACCACCGGAAGACCUCUUCCUGGCUGACGCUGGCCUCGUUACUUCUGGAGGAGCGAUCCGAAGGUCGACUCAUCACCCCAGAAAUCGCAGUGGAAAUAACUCCGAUAACGUACGCGAUCACCUAGCACCAGUGCGAACAUGGCUCGGUCACCUUGCCCUUGAAACGGAAGCGGAAUGCAGUGCAACGCUGCAGAGUAAAGCGUUGCCUCGGAUGAGAAAAACUUAUUACGCCGGUACCGCUGAUAAUGGAAAAUCUAAAGAUUCUCAAGAAAUUCAAGCUAAUGACUCAACCCUCCUCACAGCAUCGGCUACAGCUGCUGCGACCAAAUUACUCGCAAGGGUCGAGCUUUUCCAGCAAUGCUACCAAUCCGCGAUAGAUAAGUUGAACCAGCCGGGAAUUGGAAGGAUAGAGCGUAGCUUGGUGCAAUCGGUUGAAGAGGAAGCGUUCUUGUUACUCUCCGAGCUCGGAGCACCGCCACCUCAGAGAGUCCGUAAUUUGAGCAGUUUUAAAAACAUUCUUCGGCAGCUCAGGGAUCUCCAUAACGAAGUGGACCGCGCGGUCGACGCUCGUCUAGAUUUCUACAUCGAGCGCGUGGUCCGCGGACUCGAAGAGGCGCCAAGGGAAGAGGGAACGGCUGCUCGGGGCGCUCUAGCAGCAAUGACCGUCCUGGGGCUGGGCCCUGGGGGUUCAAGGGGAGGUCGUAGCAUCGCUCGAUGUUCCGGAGUGCGUGCACUGCUAACAGCCCUUUUGUCGAUUCGCGGGCAAUCGGUAGCUGCCAGAGAAUCGAGAGCCGCGUGUCUUCGCGCGUUGGCCAGCGUUUGCUGUUGUUCAGAGUCGAUAGAACAGCUGGUGAAAAAUGGAGGCCCGGAGAUUCUCGCCGAUCUUUUGAGCGCAGAAUCGGCUCCCGAAGUAGAAAAGAUGGAAGCUGCAGCGCUCAUCGUACAGAUAACUGCACCGUGGACCAAUGCUUUCGGUCUUCCUCAUCUUGAAUUCUUUGCCGAUGAAUUUGUUAGAUCCUUGACACUAUUGGCGGAGGAUACUACCUGCUCACAAACGUUGCUUCUUACCGCAGCGGCCCUUAAUAAUUUGGCCAGUUCUCCGGGGUACGUAGAACCGAUGGUAGAUUGUAAAACAGUCGCUGCGUUGCUCAGAAGUGUUAAGCGUUCUGGGGGUGGAAGUAUCUGGUUGAUGGAACAAGUAGCUUCCUUGAUCGGUAAACUGGCGAGGUCUUCUGAAUUGCAUCCCCACUUGGCGGAAGCAAGAGCGUCGGUGGCUCUGGUUUGUUUUUUGAGAAUGAGACCGCCCGGUCUUGAGAGCGCGUAUAAAAGACUCGAAGCAACGGCAUCCGCUGCUCUUGCAAGACUUUGCGUUCAUAGGGAAGUUGCACAGCAGGUUGUCGAUGUCGGUGGCGUCAAUUGUGUUAUUCCAUAUCAAAGUUCCAGCACCGGAGAGUCGUCAAAAACCGGUAAUUCACGGUAUACAAGGUCGCUCAGAAUCGCGUGCAAGAAAGCUGCCCGGCAAAUCGACGCCGCUAAAGCAUCCGAUCGGGCCUGCACUUUAGACCGAUGAAAAUUCAGCGGAAUGGUUCUGGAUUGUCUAAUCUCAAGCUUGAUACAAUGGAAUAUAUUUUUAGAGGUGUAGAUAUUUUCGUAUAAAAGAACUAGUAUUAAGUAUAGAUAAA